UGACUGCACUGCUUUUUGUCAUUUUCACAUCAGUGCAACGAAAAAACCUCAGCAAGCUUCAGCUUCAGCAUCAGCUGAGCAGGUGUCAACAUCAGCACGUUGUUCGCCUUUCUAAUCCUUUAUUAAGUUAUGGUGGGUCGCACCGUGCAUGUGGAUCGUCCUGCCUUGAAAACCGAAUAACGCCUGCCGGGCAAGAAGAUACAACGCUUCUGUUCUGCUUACUAGAUUAUUGACCGGUGGUUGUUUCCAGGUAGCGAUAAGUAAAAAAGCAAUGGAGAAGGACAGACGAUCGUCCAAACAGUAUGGGUCUUUGGAAAGCACAAAAAGGAAUGCAGAGUCUGCAAAAGAUGAAGACAUUGUUUCAAUGGCAGAUUCCACAAUAACAAUUGAUGACAUAGAAGGGGAACUUUUCAAAAUUGAGAGAAUACGGGAUGUCCUGGUGAGGAGAGAGUCUGAGCUCCGAUACAUGAUGGACGAUAUUCAGCUUUGCAAAGAAAUAACAAGGCUCAAGAAGGAACUGCAGAAGCUAGUUUCAAUACCAGGCAAAGACAAAUCCAAAGAGGACAAGCUGAAGGAAGACGAGCUUCUGCAGCAGAUCCACAAGCUGGUGGAGACCCGAGACUUCCUGGUGGACGAUGUGGAGUUUGAAAGGCUGAGGGAAAGAGAAGAAGACAAAGAAAUGGCUGACUUCUUGCAGUCUAAACUGCCUACAAGUUGCAUAAAGAAAACAAAUCCAAUAAAAGAUAAGAAGUUGACUUCUAGAGCGCAGCAAACCUCAACACCUUUCACCACCAAGACUGGGCUGACCCUGCUGAAGGAAUGCUGUGGCUUCACCUGCUCCAUCAUGUAGAAGGCUUCCUCCCAGGGGCCAGUGGAAAGGAUUCUUUCGAUGGACGGACCAGCACAGAGACUUAGCGUGUGGAAGUGAAGAGUCAUUCCGGGGGGGCACUGCACCAGCUGAGGGGACUAACGAUGCACGAGGGUUAUGGAGUGUAUGUGCUGUCCAGCUCUGUGUGUGUGCACUGUCUGUUUUCAUUCUUAAAGAGUUGCUUGGUCCCCAGUUGUCCAGUAUUGAUGCUUCAUCUUCGAUAGAGCAGGGUGGGCCGUCCAGUCUCUGUACUACCCUUAUAAAAGUUUACCACAGUAAAUCUGCACAGUAACUUUGCAGUUUUCCAGUGCUUUUCACAUGGUUAUGCUAUACAGUACAUCUACCAUAGUCUAUCACGGUUUGCCAUGGUGUUUUAAAUUUGCAUUUAACAUACUUUACCUUUUUUUUGUAUACGCUUUACCAUACCUCUCAGUGCUUUACAAUGCUUAUCUAUGCUUUACCAUACCUCUCAGUGCUUUAUAAUGCUAAUCUAUGCUUUACCAUACCUCUCAGUGCUUUACAAUGCUUAUCUAUGCUUUACCAUACCUCUCUGUGCUUUACAAUGCUUAUCUAUGCUUUACCGUACCUCUCAGUGCUUUACAAUGUUUAUCUAUGCUUUACCAUACCUCUCAGUGCUUUACAAUGUUUAUCUAUGUUUUACCAUACCUCUCAGUGCUUUACAAUGCUUAUCUAUGCUUUAACAUACCUCUGCUUUACAAUGCUAAUCUAUGCUUUACCAUGCAUUAUGCUAUGCUAUACUUUUACUAUGGUAAACAUUUAUAAGGUUAGACGUUCUUAACCAGGUAGAUAUAGUCGCUCCAGCUGACAGAAAUAAUCCAGUGUAUGCCUCCAGAGUCUAAGGGCAGAUCCAUGAAUAAGCUGUUAACUGUUUAUUUUUAAAUAUGUAGUGCAUGUUGCAGAGUUAUUCCAUGAUCAUGUGUGUUUUCAAGUCAUAUCUCACUGUUCAGUAAGGUUAAUCUUUGAUUAAGUAAAUUAUUAUUUUACUGAAGUAUUAAUUAUUUUACUGAAGUGGGCAGCAGUGUGGAGUAGUGGUCAGGGCUCUGGACUCUUGACCGGAGGGUUGUGGGUUCAAUCCCAGCUGGGGGAUAUAAUAAUAAUAAUAAUAAUUAAACACCACUUAGCAGUUCAUUAUUAGUCUGUCCAAUUGCAUUGGAAUUAAAUUAUCAGUGAAUUAUUUAUUAAAGAUGAAAAUAUAUUAAGAAUUGAACUUUUCAUGACGUGGUGAAGAGUAAGUGUUGGAAUUUUAGUAAUACGUCUCAAUGGAGAUUCCAGACUUUAAAAGCAUAACGAAGUGUAAUAAAGCACAGUGAAAGCAUGGUGGAGUAUAGGUAAGCAUUGUAAAACACAGAGAGGUAUAGUAAAGCAUAUUAAAAAACGAGGCAAAACCAGGGGAAACAAUGAUAAAUGUGUAGUAUAACCACAGGAAAAGCACAACAAAAUUACAGCGCAAAUUCACUGUGCGAACAUUUAAAGGGGUUCAUUUGACAGUUUUCCUUUUCAAUUGACUUAUUUAUGGAUUUUCUUUUUAAGCUAGAGCCAUUUUAACUGUGUGCUUAUGUCCUGCUACCCCUUGUAGUUGAGACGUAAAGCUUUGGUGCUAACCUGGUUAAACAAACACAUGUAAACCUGAAAAGUACCAAUGCCGUCUUGCAGCUAACCAAGGAACGCUGUCCUUCUGAACAGCUCAGAAAACUCUGAUGGUUGCUAGGGGCUCUUCAGUGAACAGUUUGGUUUCCAUAACAACAAGAAGCCAGCAGUGCGCAUCUGAGGAUUGUAAGGAGCUUCAGUUUGCCCUCCUGGCACCCAAGUCCAAGCUUGUAACUUGCCAAUUUGGGAGGUCAUGGAGUAUUUCUUACUGGAGCUACUGUAGUGUGCUUCUGUUUACAACUUCUAAACACCCUUUUAAAUAUAGGUGGUCCAUAAUGUUUUAUUAUAGAAGGAAUAAACAGCACAUCUUAGGCAUGUAUGUAAGUAUGUAUGCACAUAAUACUGUAUGUAUGUAUGUAUGUAUGUAUGUAUGUAUGCAUGUAUGUAUGUACAAUAAAAAAAACGUGAUCCAAACCUGACCAGCUGUUCUGUGUAUCAUGUCAUGUUGUGUAAAGUGCUUACAGAAAACAUGUUAACCACUCCUUCUCUUUCUCCUUCUCUCUCACUCCAUUAUUUACAGUACUUAAAGAGGCUGUAUUUUUAUUAUUUGUGGAGGAAAAAAUAUUUUCUGAACAACAGAUAAUGUUUAUGUGUUUAGAAUGUUUUACGGUGUGUGUGUGUGUUUAUUUAUUUGUUGUUUAUUUAUUUGUUGAUUAUUUUAAUUUAUUUUAAAGGAAUAAAUUUAAUCCACCAAUAAAUGAAUACUGUCGUCAAAGCUUUUGGGAUAUGAAGUUAUGUAUCCAUAAGCAUGCCAGUAAAAUGAUUUGACAAUUUUUGAUGUUCUCAUUGGAAUAAUUGUCAAAGAAUUGUACUCAUUUCUUCUUAGUAUUUCUCAAAGGACAGUGGAACACAUUUGAGUUUAUUUUUCAGAAUGUUAGGGUGGCAGACCAAACGGGAAAAGCAAGAAUAAUAUAAACCCAACAGGUGUCAGUAUUCAAAUCUUCCACUGUUUAGAUAUUGAAAAUCAAUGUUAACACCAUGUGUAAAUAAUCUGUGGUUUCAAUAAGACUCCAUGCUUGAACAAACAGUGCUGCAUUGUACUGUGUUUAAUGAUAGUAAUGUUCUUGUGUGCCAUUUUCAUAAACAUUCCAGGGUGUGGUUUUGUGAUGGAGAAAGAAUGCCUUGGCCUGUGUGGUGGUCCUUUGGCUCUGGUACUGUAUAAAUAUGCUUGUAUGUACAAUUUUAUGCUUGUAUGUAAAAUGUUAUGCUUGUAUGUACAAUUCUAUGCUUAUAUGUACACUUGUACAAUUUUACUGGCCAUUUUGUAGUCAAAUAAAAGUAUUGGAGCAGGGGUAA